AUGGAAGCAGAAGCCCAGGCUGCGGCGUCCAAGGUUGACAAGUCUCUCAGCAAAGAGGAAGCGUUAGAUAAUGCCCUGAUUGCGAUUGAUCUUUAUAUGAAUAUCAUAAAGAAUGUGAGUAACAAUGCUGAGAAAGUUAGACUGAGAAGCAAGUGCAAUCAGCUUCUUUCGAGGGCCGAAGAAAUAAAAAAGGCAUCGCAUUGGCAACCGUCAACAUCCAACAGUGCUUUCUUAAAAGCACCUCUGUCAAGUAGAGAAAUAUCAACACGCGAACAGAUCAUUUUGCUAGAGGGUUCCAAACUCCAUGGGUUCAUCUUUCCACCAUGGAAGUUGGAACCAGAGGAUACUGUUUUCGAGGAACCCGCGAAUGGAAACCCAUUUUACAUUGACUCGGUAGAUCUCAAACUCUCAGAAAGUCAAGAGGAAAUCUUUGCGGGCUGGAAGAGGCCAGCUGCGCUUUUAGAGGACCCCAAAAGUGAUGGGGAAUCGACAAAUGUCGACGACCUCCUCAUGACUUCUGGUCGUGAUGACAUUGAUUUAGUGCAAGACAUCACUACGGAUUGCUCGGUCGUUGCAAGUUUGUGUGCUGGAACGGCUCGAGGUCUAAAAGGCCAUGGCAGGCUCCUUGCGUCAAUUUUUUAUCCCUAUGAUAAUCUAAAAGGACGUCCGCGUGUCUCCAAAAAUGGCAAAUACAUCUUCCGUCUGAACUUCAAUGGCUGCUCUAGAAGGGUCACCAUUGACGAUAGGUUACCCUCGUCAAACACCUCCCGCUGCCUACAUGUCCUUGAUCGUAACAAUCCCGACUUACUCUGGCCCGCACUACUCGAAAAAGCUUAUUUGAAAGUUCGAGGUGGUUAUGAUUUCCCUGGAUCUAACUCAGGUACAGAUCUUUGGGUGAUGACUGGUUGGAUACCUGAGCAAGUUUUCCUUCAGAGCGACGAUUUGGAGCCAAUGAGUCUCUGGAAUCGUGUAUUCAUGUCGUUUGGGUAUGGGGAUGUUAUCAUUACGCUGGGGACCGGAAGCAUGAGUCGUAAAGAGGAGAAGGAGUUGGGUCUCGUUGGCGAACAUGACUAUGCUAUUCUCGAUAUGAAAGAGGUCGGACAUCAACGGCUGCUCUUGAUAAAGAAUCCUUGGUGCGACGGAAUGGUGUGGAAAGGGAAACUCUUGCUUCCAGAUGAGGGUGAGAGCAGCGACGAUUGGACACAAGGACUCGCAGCUGCUUUGCCCAAACAAACAAACACAGCGCCAGGAACUUUUUGGAUGAGCUUGGAGGAUGUUGCACAACACUUCGAGUCUCUUUACCUAAACUGGAAUCCUGGUUUGUUUAAAUUUCGACAAGAUCAUCACUUUUCCUGGAAAAUUCCUCUAGUUGGAAAUCCAGGUUCUUUCAUGCACAACCCUCAAUAUUCCUUCACAUCGCAGAAAGGGGGAACAGUUUGGGUCUUGCUUAGCCGUCACUUCGCCACCCAAGAGCAUGAUAUUGCGCUCAACAGCACGCCCAUACAUGGUACCUCAAAUUGCCUUGGAUUCAUCAGCCUCUAUGCGUUCUCAGAAACAUGUGGUCAGCGUAUCUACCUCUCGGAUGAUGCGCUCCAUCGUGGUGCCUAUGUAGAUUCCCCACAAACCUUGGCCCGCCUUGAAGUCGACGCUUCUACGACUUACACCGUUGUGUGUGCUCAGCAAGGCUUACCUUUGCCAAAGUACUCCUUCACUCUAUCAUUCUUCUCUCGAAGUCCUUUAGACAUAGACCUUUCCGCCGAUUCCCUACCACACUUCACAUCUCACGCCGGCUCUUGGACACCCAACACCGCGGGCGGAAACUCAAGCGCAUCAACAUAUCCUCUAAACCCUCAAUUCAGCAUCGACGUCCCCUCACCAACACCCUUAACUCUAAUCCUCGAAACCACAGAUCCAGAACUAGCAGUCCACGUCAAGAUAGUCUACUCCAACGGCUCCCGCGUAUCCUCAAUCACUAAAAAGGACAUCCUCGUUCACUCUGGGGACUACCGUCGCGGCUGUGCUCUAACCAAGAUCCCGCUCGUCGAAAAAGGUAAAUACACAAUCGUCUGCUCAACUUUCGAAUCUGGGCAAACAGGCGACUUCUCCCUCCGCAUCGGCUCAUCCAUUCCCUGCUCCGUCCAACCCAUCCCCGCCGAAACAGCAGGACGUCGCUCCACCCACCUCCCCAUCCUGAUCUUCCACCCUCCAACAGACCGUCUCCUCGCCCCCCUCACCAUCCACCGCCUCACCAAGAUCCUCUUCGUCGUGCGCUCCAUCACGCGCUCCUCGCAAUCCAGACCGCUGUUGAGGAUUAGUAUUGAGAGAGGCCAGGGACCGAACAAAACGGUGCUGGAUGUUAGUGGAAACGGCGAGUUCCAGGAUCCGCCGAUGGGGAUAAGGAGUCGGGAUCUAGAUUUGAGUCCGGGGAUGGGUGAGAGGGGGGGAUUGUGGGUUGUGGUUGAGAGACUUGGGGGGAGGGCGGGGGCGGAUCGCGUGGAGGUGGAGGUUUUGAGUGAUGAGAGGGUGGAGGUUGGUGCUUGGGGUGUUGGUGAGGGUUGA